GUGGGAUUCAUCUGUAAUCAGUCAGUCUAUCUUUUGAUCGAAUCUUAACCCCAGAAAAACUCGAACUCUAAACUAAGAACAAAUCUAAAGUGGAGUAAAGAGAAUGGUUGGGAAACUAGUCGCUUUAGUUUUUCUUUUUCUAGUGAUUCAAACAUGUUGUUCCAAUAAGUAUAGCAAAGAAGCGAACCAACAGAAAACAGACGAUCCUGGACCGUGUCUUGAUGAUGGCAAACCUAAGUUAUAUCGCUGGGAUCCUGUGGAGGUUGGUCAUGUACGUAAAAUAAAGUUAGAAGGCAACAAGAAGUAUAGAAUAAUAACAAGGGCYAAGUUUCCACCAAUCUUUGAAAUCCCCAACUUCCUGACGGCAGAAGAAUGYGAUCACAUCAUCGAGUUGGCCAAAAAAGCAGGCAUGCACACAAGUGAUUUACACAUGGAYCCUAUCACACAAGACCAUAUGAACCGAAUCAGAUCUACUGAAGGUCAUUCCAACAGUACAGCAGGAUAUUUUCUUAACUGGGAUGCUAAUAGAGACUACGAAAUCACUAGAGACGAGAUCAAGAUAUUUGCUGAGAGAGUUAAGUAUCUUAUUCUUGAAGAUCAAGACAUUGACGAGAUGAUUCAAAAUCUUGAUCUCAAAGAGCUGGAAGAUGGUAUCAUUACUUACCCAGAAUGGCAGACGCUACGAACAAACGCCAUCGACAUGUACUUCAAUGACCUCAAAGAUCACCAUCCUCAUCACCGCGACCGAUACAGCAAACAAGUAUGGCUCUUCCAAGGAAAGAAAUCUAGCAAAAUAAUGAAAACGUUGAGGAAAAGGCUUUGGAAAUUAACAAAGCUUCCUAAARACAUCAUUUAUGGUGGAGAACCCUUGCAGGUGGUAGGAUACGACARGCGAGGUCAUUAUAAUGCUCAUUAUGAUGGCACAAGAAGAUCCGACUUUCCUAAAGACAAGUGCUGUCAUUUUGAUCUUCUUGGUGUUCCAUACUGCAGACUUUGCAGAUACAUAACUGUCCUGUAUUAUCUCAAUGACGUCGAGGAAGGAGGAGAAACAGCUUUCCCGGUGGCUGACAUAGAGAACUUCAACGAAACUGAAUUCAGAGAUCGCAAACAAGGAAAUCUCUACAAUCUAUACAAAUACUGCCAUUCAGCAAACCUCGUGGUUCCUCCCAAAAAAGGUAAAGCCAUAAUGUGGUACAAUUUCUUACAAGACGAGAAAACUGGAUGGAUGGGACCACGUGACGACAGAUCUUUACACGGCGGAUGUGACGUCAAAAAGGGAGAAAAAUUCGUGGCCAAUAAUUGGCUGCCAGCACCGGAAGCUGAUUCAUUUCAUUUGAGAAGUGAUUAUCUUGAUGAUGAAGAAUUAGACGAAGCAUAAGAUUCACGUAUUAGUCUUAUAACUAUUCCGUUCCCUUUUGUCAUGUUCUCAUGAAGAAAGGUUAAAUUCAAACUCACAAYAACAGUCUUCUAACUCAAUCCACACAUACCGCUUGCACAUUUCUUACAAUUUAUUCAUUUGCAACGUGGCUUAACCUGUUUAGUCAGUGGUCAAAGUUUACAGUAGUAUUUAUGGAUAGAUAAAAGGUCGAGUUGACAUUGCGCAGUGCAUUUUAGGGCUGUCUUAGGGGACAUAUUUCCAUAUGGCGUCCAUUUCGUUCCCUAAACAGCUCCAAAAUGCACUGCGCAAUGUCAACUCAACCCAGUCUUUCUCAACCUCRGAAUAGUUAAUAUCAAUAGCCUUGGUUUUUAUCAUUAGCAUACUUACUCUUAUUACUUUUAUCAUUUUUCUUGCUGGUGUUGACAUACCCUUCUUGUAAAGACGGUGCAAGACCCUGUCGACACAAAAUACAAAUAAAUAAAAUACGUGACACAAUAUGAUAA